AUGGAUAAAGAAGUAUAUUGUGGAUCGGUUCCCGUGAGCUAUUUUGACCCUUUUGAUUUAUUUGAGAGUCUGAGGUCGGAGUUUCAGCAGAUUUUACCGUUAGACAAUAUACAUUGGAAAGCAUUUGAUGGAACUGUACGAACGGUCAACAAGCUGCCAAUUGAACUAAUCCCAGAAGAUAGAGGGGAGGGAGACAAGUCCAAUAAUGAACAGCCGUUUAUCAGAUUCCUCAUAGUGAAUUGCAUCUCUAUCGACCAGUAUAGGGCCAAAGUACGGCCUCUGGUGAGGCAGUGGCUACCAAGUCUAGAAUCGGUAUCUUCAUUGACAGGAGAGAAAAUGAUUUACAAACCAAUUAUUUUAUUGUAUGCCAAUUCUGAAGUGGUAGACUCUAAUCUAUUCAAAUCGGUAUCUCUAAUGGAGAAAUUUGGUAAAGACUUUCCGCAUAUACAAACUUUGGAGGUUCGAUCGGUUUAUAGAUCUCCCAAGGAUAGGCAGGAGUUUUGGAACCAAUUUAGCCAACAGAUAAAGGCUUCAGUGCUAAGCAUUUUUCAAAAACGAUUAACACAUCUACAACAUUCCUUGGCUAAUUUACAAAAAGGAAAUAACUUUGAGGAACAGCUUUUGACAAGGGAAAAAUUGUAUGAGUUAUAUGUAGUAUUCAAUAUUUUGGAAGAUGCAAGCCUGGAAUUACAAAAAAUCAAGAAAGAAAUACUACACAGGAACAUGAAUAUGCCGGAUGGGAAACUUCAAGUACCUUUUGAAUCAUCUUCUAAAUCAGAUGAAUCUUUAGGCUCCAUAAUAAUCGAAGGUACUCUUGACAAGUUCCAAUUGCAUAGGUAUUUUUUCAUUAGAAGGUUAAGACUUUUAAGAUUAGAUGACCAAACAUUGACCGCGUUUGUAGGAGCAUUUCAACUAAUCAAGAACUUUAUUGAAUCCAUAUCAAUAGGAUAUAGAAAAUCGGUUAGGUUAUUGGAGUUUAAACACUAUUUUCUGAAUUCUAUGCUGUCAUAUUUUCCAUUUGAAAAUGUCUCAAAUCCGCUAUUGUGCGAAAUAAGAGCUGAGUUAUUAAUGUUGAAGCGCGACAACUGGGUGCAAGGUGUUAUGGCGACAAGCGGUUAUAGAUUGAUGGACAGAUCAUACCCUAAUGCAGAAGUUUCAUAUAAAUUUGAUCUAUUAAAAGAAACCUUUGUUGAUGAAAUUGUCUUCCAAGAAAACUUCCUUGGUCUUACCAAGGAAAUUCUUUCUCUCUUUAACAAAUGUGAAGGGAAGCGUCAAAGGAUAGUAGAUAUUUUAUCCAUUGAAAUUGGAUUGCUCUAUUAUCAGGAAGAAAAAUAUGAGGAAGCCGUCUCGCUUUUUCUUUCAUGUUAUGAAUACUAUACUCAAACUAAUUGGAAUAACAUUGGUUCAAAAAUAUUGCAAGUCUUUAUUGAUUCCUUGAGCCACUGCCCCGAGUUAGAUGUCUUACAAAUUGAUGGAGAAUCGGUUUCUGCAUCCGCUGUUUUGAGUAAUGCAUUUCUCAAUAUACUUAAGUUAUGCAAAGAUAACGAUAGCAAGGAAAUUUGGUGGAAAAAGUUCAUGGAUUUGCAGAUGAAAAAUAGCAUUUAUUUGAUUUAUCCUUUGGAUGGGUUAUUCGAAGUAACGUUGAACCCUAAAGUUCAUCUCGUGAGAGCAAAUGUCAGUGGUAUUGAAGUCAACUUGACAAGCUACGGAUUUCCUGAAGACGUCAGUACAAAAACAAUGAGAUUGUCCUUGAAAAAUACAGGGGGAGAUGUCAUAGUUUUUGAAGCUAGUGAUUUUCUUUUGAAGAAAGGUGAAAACAAACCGAUAUUGGAGUGUAAAGAUAUCAUGUACGGUGAAUUUUCCCUCUUGUCUUUCGAAAUUAUUGUAGGGGGGAUCACUUUCGUGAAGGAUUUUUCGGAGAAUCAAGAUGGGAUUAUCGUGGUACCAGAAAUAUAUUGUAAGGAAAGCACCAAGGUUCUGGUGAGACAGGCACAUGAUUUGAACUUGGGAGAAUAUGCGCUUGACUUGACGAGCAUGCACUCUGACGUUUUAGAAUCAUUGCAAGUAGAGGUUGAGGUGCAAAAAAAUGCUGGAAACAUGAAAAAUGUACCUGUUAGUUUCUCCAUGAAUGAGAUCCAGGCAAGGAAGAGAUAUAAUACUUUAUUUGAGAAUGUUAGACUAGAAUACUAUUUGUUGGAUCAAAUAACCGCCUUUGACUUAAUAAUCAAAACAUCCUUUACCAAAAAAAAUGAUCAAGGCGCCUUCAGUGAGACUAAAAGAGUUCAUGUUGAAUGUUAUUUACAACUAUCUGUUUCCGUGGAAGACAUUUUUAAAAAAGAUAUAUUUUUUUUCAAAUUUCUUCUAAACUCUUCGAUUAGGGAAGAGCCGGUAAUUUUGUACAGCUCACAACUAUCAGCACCAGAUACACGAAAUGAUUACAAAAUAUAUGGUGACUAUAUCACCGCUACACCUGCGUUGGUUGCUUUUGAUGGAAAUGAGAGUUUCAUUAACUGCUACGAAAUCACAGCCAAUAGUAACUUUGAUUCAAAAGACAUCUUUAAUCUGAAAGUUAGAUACAAUACACUAAAAGAACAGCUUGAUUGUUUUAUUACAGACGCUGUACUUAUCGAAGGUGAUGUUGAGUGGUUUAUUCACUUUGAGAAAUGGAAAAUAUUCUGGGAAUUGGAAAUCUUGAAAAAGUUAAAAUACGAUUACGAUGCAUUCAAAGAAAACAGAAUAAUUAGGUUGUUGAAAGCUUCGAUAGACCUGAAUAAAACUAAGUCGCAGAUACGAAAGUUAUCCAUUGAAAAAAAAGUCCUUGAUAAAAUGUUGAUCUGCUUGAAUAAACUGGGCAGAGGGAUUGUAGUAUGCAAUACUGAUAUGGAUGAAUAUGUGAGGAAUCUGGUGCCGAAACAGUUGACUGUUCCGGUACAAUUACCAGGUUUUGAACAAUUCUUUCAUGUACAAUUCGAGUCAAUGGAAAUUAGAUAUGAUGCACUACACGAUACUAUGGCUACCAUAGGCAAUCCGGUCCCCUAUAUUGUAAUUGUGGAAAAUCUUAGUGAACAAUGGGGGCAAGACAUUAUAAAUGAUGGAGGAUAUAUUUUUGAAAUUUUGAGCAGUAAUGAAUGGUUAAUUCAUGGUCAAAAACGUUGUGCAAUAAAAGAGAAAAGAAUGGAGUUUGAAGUCCAUUUGAUUCCUUUAAAAAAGGGCUAUUUAAAUUUCCCUCACGUUGAAAUUACCAACAUAAAUGGUAAAAGUUGUAGAGUUGACCAUUCCAACGCAUUUGAGUCAAUUUUGAUAUUUUAG